GCAUCGGUACGCCUUGGAACAGCACGCAGAGCUGAUUGAGCAGUCGAGGGUGAUGAAGAAGGGGAAGGAGAGGGAGAAGGAACUGAAGGAGGAGGCGCUGGAUCAGUUUUUCCGGGCUAUAGCUGGCCGUGACACGGAGCAGCUGAUGUUCAUCGCACAACCCGUUGAAUCUGGGUCACACAUCCCCAUCGUUGGGCCCCCUUCAGAGAGUGGUGGCCCAUCCUACGGGCAGAGUUAUCUUGGGAGUAUACCGAUUACGAAUGGGAACGGACGGUCGUGACGGUAUUGGUGCGGG